AUGGAAAAACAAGGUGAAGCUAACAUCGUCGACCAUGCCUACGGCACCACUGUGCUGAGUGAAACGAGUGAAAACGAAAUCCAAGAAAUGGAGCAGUCUUGUGCUAAUCUCGAUGACGAUCAAACUCCUGUAAAUAGUCCUCAACCCAAAAAGUUGAGGAAGAGAGUCGCGAAGGCAAGGGAGGAUAAUAGCUUUAUGCUAGCGAUUGAGUCUGUGAUGAAAAGAUUCGACGGUCUAGAUGGGAAGCUUGAAAACAUUGAAACGAGGAUGAAUAAUGUUCAAGAAGCUCUGAAAAAGUCAGAGGUCAUUCUCAUUAUCAGAUGGUCAGUGUGUGUCCUGCUGUGUCUGGUGUAUCCUCAGAAUCAGGAUGUGAGCUGUGUGGUCUGUGCAAUCGUCUCUCGCUCAGAUGAGUUUGAUCCGCCGGUUCUCCCGCCGCGGCCCGAGCUGACGGUGACCCUGAGCGGUCAGUGGGCUUCCCGCCGCUGCGAGGUCCGGCCCGAGGUCCUGUUCCUCACCAGACACUUCCUCUUCCACGACAGCAAGCACACAUGGGAGGGUCACUACCAUCACUACUGACCGGCCUGCAAACACCCCACCUUCAGCCUGUUCGCCCGCGGUCACUACAGCCGUGGCCCGCGCUCCACACGCGUCAUGGGCGGCACCGAGUUUGAGUUCAGAGUGAGUGAGAUGCGCGUGAGGCCGAUGGAUCUGGCGACCGUGUCUCUGCUGAAUGUGUUUAAAGGGAACAGCUGGGGUGCUCAGAGCUCGUGGCUGGUGGGCGUGGAGCAGGACGUGACUCUAACCAAUGGCUGCGCAGCGCUGGGGCUCCGCCUCCCGCACACUGAGUAUGAGCUCUUCCGAUUGGAGCGUGACGCUGAGGGCAGACUCCUUCUGUUUAACGGUCAGCGGCCCAGCGACGGCUCGAGCCCUGACCGACCCGACAGACGACCCACGUCCUACCAGACCCCGCUGGUGCAGUGCUCCGCCGCCGGGGUCAGAGGUCAGCGCCGCGCAGCGCCUCAGCAACCUGGCAACCACAGCGACGGCGGUCUGGAGUUUGGCGUUUUUGGGUUUCUGACCCAGAAUGCACUUGAGUUUUCCGUCAGACGGGACGGAUGAAUGAAACUGCUGCACAACAGAAACUGCACUUUACGAGAACGAAGCCUGACGAAGACUUUCACUCAAGACUUCCUAAAACAUGCCUCUAAAUCAGAUUCGAAGGAAAAACACCCCGAAAUUAAGAUUCUGUCAUUAUUUAUGUACAACACAGCAACAGUUCAUAUAAAGAUGCCCAUUUCUAAGAAAUCAUAUAAAUUGAUUAAUCAAUGAUAUAUAUGAAAGAAAACGAACAGCUUAAUAAUUUUAA